UGUACUUUAUGGGAUUUACCUGUGUCGACGGUGUCGAGUAAACAAACGAAACUUUACGAAGAAAUCAUAUAACGGGAAAUUGCAAGAAAAUGUUUUAAAUUUAAAUUGUGUUAGUAUACAAAUAUUUUGAUGUUCGGAAGUUGUUUAGAAACCGACAGAGGAAUCUAUACGAGUUCAUCCGAAGGAGCGAGUGGUACAUUGUUUUAUGCAGAACAGUAACAUCUCGUUGACUGAGAUCAAGGAUGGCGUCUACAAACACCACCAUCCGUAUACUUUAAAAAUGAUGGCAAUGACAUGAAUCAGCAAUAUUAUCAUAACAUGAUAACAGAUUAACAGUCUAUUUACACAUUGAAUAUAGUUUUUAAAGGACCUGAAAUUAACCGUCCGUGACAUUAAUACAUGACAGUAUUCAAAGAAGGUGCGAGCAAAUCAAAGUCCGUUCUUAGCAUGUAACUUGUUCCUUCUGAAAUAUAAUCACAUCCUACCUUUUCUGGAUAAAGAGACAUACACGCAUACUCUAAACAAAAUGAGUGGUGAAAAUGGUAAAGUCGACGAUCUGGAAUGGCCCACGUUCGGUGAAACUGAGCAAUUUCAGGUCAGUUACUCACCGGAACCGAAAGACGAUGUGUUCACAGAGUUCAAACCGUCCAGCGACAAGCAUAAUAUCAGGAACAAGAAACGGCUGCAGAGGUCGAAAAAGAAGCAAAGUAUUCGGAGACUUUGGCGGGUUUCAGAAUCUGACAUCGAUCGUCAACAUCAAUCCUGUUUACAUGACCGAAAGCGCUGUGUCGUCAUAUCCGUCCUAGUCGCGUGCAUCGUUAUUAUAGUUGCCAUAGCAAUAGGCCUCGGCGUCUACUUUGGAGUGGUGCGGAAAUCAAAAGCGGAUGACCCGAAACACGAUUUUGUUGUGGAUGAAAUAACAUUUGCGCCGUACUCAACAUCUACAUCUACUUCUGUUACAACUACACAAAUGCCCGUAACGCCAUCAACCGCAACAACAACAACCAAAGCUACAACGAAAAUACCUAGCACUCAAACCACAACACCUACCUCCACGAGCACCACCACAACUAUAACCACCACCACUUCCACAACGACGACGACAACGACACCUCUACCGACAAAGCCCCCGGUGAUCCCAUAUACCGGAAGUGACGCUGAAAUAGCGCUCGUCAGACAGCGCCUCAAUAGGUGUCGCUUGCAGAUGGCGGUCUUCGAGAAGUGUCAGUCUUACCGAGACAUGGUGACUUGCGCAUACCUCGAGAGUGUCCGCCAGGGGGUUCUAGUUCCGGUAGUCGAGCUGGACACGGUUGCGGAGCGCCAUCUGACACAAAUCCUCCCCUGGGACUCAUUUAGGGAUCCGCUUGUCUGCAGAGAAAAUGGCGCAUUACGUCUUUCGAACGUCAGCGCCCUGCCGACCACGCUAGACGGCUUGUGUUCGAGUGCCGACGCCGUUAAGAUGUAUGGUCGGUUUAACUGCAGUAUCAUUCACUACCCCUUGCAGAUGGAAACUAUGACAAAAGAGGAGCAAUGCCGAGUGCAGUGGGGCGUUGUGGGUUGUGUGGCAAGCGUGCUAAAAUGCGCAGUCGACGAAAUAAGUCACGUGAUGGCCGAGUACCAGACGAAUAUUUCCGACAGUAUGGGUCUGGCGGGGGUAAACGCCUCUUGGUGCAAAGACGUCUUUGAGGCGCUGGUCACUACGUCCCUCUGCGAGGCAACACUCUACCAGAACAUGUUCACCAUCAGUACCCAGUGCGGUCAGGUGAUACAACAGCCCGCAUUGGUUGCCAACGCCACGGGUAAUUCUUGCAUACUGUUCGAUACGUUUUUCGAGUGCAGCUACAACACUAUUCCGUCAGGUGUUCGCUUUAAAGAGUGCGAACGUAAGAAAGAAACGUUACGUAAAGUGAUGUGGAAAGUAGCAGCUUUGGCGGCAAACGUUAAUAAUCUCCCAAAAUUAGUCAACGCACAAACUUGUCUAGAUCGUCCUCCAGUCCAUCGCGAUGUUUGUAGCGCCUCUGAACAACUGAUAGCCAUAGUCGACACUAAAUGCUAUGUGCAGUUCAACUACUUGACAGACAAGACCGUGUGUUUGUAUUUGUCCCGCUACGUGUUUGCAUGCGGAACCACGUACAUGAACACUCUGGGGCUGUCUUGUACAGCUAAACAUAUACACGACGCUCUCGUCGCUCAAUCUGGUGUCAUCGACAAAAUAUUCACAAUAGAUGUGCAGAAAUACAACGAGAAUAGCUCAUGUAUAGAUGCAGGUAAUAUUUAAAGCAAGACGCGGGUUUUGGUGCAGCUGGAAGUACAUCCACCUGACAAUGUUUCAUCAUGGUUGUUUCCGGUGUGCGGCUAUAAGCAUAUCGUAGUGAAAACAUUAACACAUAUCGAGGUAUAAAAAAGCGAUUGCGAGAUUCAUGUUGUUUUGUUUUACAUUUAUAAAGUGUCAUUACAGCGCUUUUGUUCUUUGCUAGACAUUACUUUGUUAUUGCAAGUAUUUACAAAACUGUCUUAAUCUUGAAACGUUUUAUUUCAAGAGUUUUCACGUUUAACCAAUGUAACCAAAAAAGAACGCCAAUACGAGCCAGUUGGGAAAAGUACGAACGUUACUAAAUGCACGCUACAAAUGCGCAUUUAGUCGUGCUAUGAUACCAGAAUAUUGAACAUCUACUUGCAUAUGGGUCGACACUGUGUGCGUAGCAUUGAACACGAGUGACGACUGUUCCUUUCAAUGUCGUGAGGCUGCGCAAUACAUGUAUCCCGGAAAAAGCUACUUUUUGGAAAAACCCACUAAUCUGCUGGAACAAAUAAACAUGAUCCAUUUAUAAUCCUUUCAAAAUCACACACCGUAUCAACCGUUAUAAUUUCAAGUAAGCUAUCAUUGGUUGAUUCAAUGGACCAGCGUUGUUUGUACCGGGGUGAUUAGUGGGUUUUUCUAAACUCGUGCUUUUCCGGGAUAGAUCUAUAGAACGCACGAUGUUGUAAGUAUUCUUCGCAACUAAUUGCCUCUUAAAACCUGUUGCAGACAAACACCAUUAUAUUGAAGUUCAAUGAUUGUAUUAAUUCUGAAGAAUUCUACAGUUUCGAUGAAAAUUUGUUUUUAUAAAUUACAAGCCUUGUCCGUUGUUCAGACUAGAAUUUCAAAUAACCAUUUAUCAAUGUUCACAACUUUACUGUGCUCUAUUUUUUAGGUUAUGUUUACAGUUAAAGUGAUAUUAUGGGCAUCUAACAGUAUAUAGGUGUCUAUCGCAACCGUUGUUUAAUUUUGGUGUUUUCACUUUAUAUACACUUAUAAAGUUAAUGCAGCAUCAACAUACUAAAACAAUAUCAUGGAAAGAGAAAAUUAAUGCAUUGAAUAUCAACCGAACGUUCGUUUUGACAACUGACGACAGAAAUAAUUCGAUUUACGAUGUGAAUCUAAUUGAGUUUUAGUGCAGAUUCGUUCAUACGACACAAAGACACCAUUUAGUUUUACGGAUCAUUUCGGCUUACAGGACUCACCAGUCAUGUAAAAUAUCGAAUAUAAAAUAUAUUUUUUAUAAACAACUGGAAGCAAGAUGCAUUGCAGAAAAUUGGUCAGUAACCAUAUUUUAACUAACUCUUUUGACCUGUUAAUUCUGUUAAGCUCAAUGCAAGUGUGAAAAAUGCCCAUACUAUCACUUUAAAUAUUAAAUAACGUCUGAUGGUUAAAAAAACGUUACGUUUCUUUAUAUUCAAUAAGCAUUUGUCAAUUCUGAUUUUGUUUUAUUAACACGAUAUACUACUGGUCAACGUAAAUCUGCAUUUGAUUGAUCGUCAGCAGAAAUAAACUGUGUUAAAACAUAUUGCAUGCAUGGUAACAUGUCAUCAAAACCGAAUAUGAAUUGCACGGUAUUAGUAUUAUUUGAAAAUCCGACACCCCUCCUCAACUGGACAAAUGGAAAUGCUUCAUUGCAGUGUCUUACGAAGUCAUCAGUGUUAACAUAGUCAUAACCUUAAAGUUAUUGAACGUUAAAAGAAAGUGGUCGAAUUUUGUUGUUUGUAUUAAUUUUGUUGUUUAUUUUUUCAUGUUGAAACUAAAUUUAAUUAUGUAUUCAAAGUCUAUCGAACUGUAACUUAUCGUUUUUGAAGGUGCUAUUGAACAAUUUGCUCAUGCAUGCUUGUACAAAUUGUAAAUCAAAGUAUGGAACUGUAUAAAGCGCGUCAUGCGAAAAUGGGUCAUUUGCCAUAUAUGACCAGCGUUACUCCAGACCAGCCUGCGCAUCCAUGCAGACCGGUCGGGAGCUACACCGUCCGUUAUAAAGUAAACUAUGGGCGGGUGCAUAGGCUGGUCUGGAGCUACGCUGGUCGCAUAUGACAUAAUACCCAUUUUCCCAUGACGCGGUUUGUAUAUUAAAGAUGUUGGUGAAUAUUUACAAACGCUUAUUUCAAUGGGUUAUUAUUAUGAAAUUUUCUAAAUGUUUUGAAUCAAAAAUCGUACAAAAAUCAUUUUAUCUGGCAUAAUUUAAUAUAGAUGCUUGUGUUUCGUUCCAAAAUUUAUUAUCAGGCUGCAGGAUCAACACACGUUUAAGAACUUAAUAUUUUUGCACUUUGAACGAAACCACAUGUUUUAUUGUAUUUUCUUACAUGCGUUGAACCACACAAUUUCGACAGAAGAUAACGCUUUUAAUGUUUGAUUCGCACUAGUUUAUUAAUUUACUUUCCAUGUUAUUUGUUAUUAAAUGUAACUAUCUUUUUGUUAUUGUGUAUAUAUUAUAACAUUGACAUGUACAGCAGGUUCUUUAUAUGAUAAUUGUAUGAUAAUUAUAUGAAACUUUUUUUAAAGUAUACGCAGACACCAAUGCGUUGUAGUUGUUUAUUCAUGCCACAAAAUCAUCAUUUUGAUCGCACGCCCAUCGCGUUUGUAAAACUGUCAUUACAGAAGUUACUCUGUAUUCGGUUAAUGCCACCAAUCGAAAUAAUAGUAGCGGUUCUCUGAGAAAAUGGGCUUAUAAUCUAUGCAGUCCGCAUAUACUUCUUUGGGAAGACAAUAUUUGCCUAGAAUAAAUGUUUUUGUAAAGAAGAUAAUUUUAAAGUUAAGGAAAAAUAAAUAAAAGUUGAACGUGUCGUCCCUUUAUGGAAUGUAUAGGCUAAUCUGGGACGAUUCAUCACGAACACACAAUAUGCCUGGAAGGUUCAGAAUCAGAUAAAGAUUUCUAGUUUUCCGUUUGCAUUGUUCAUACUUACACAGUAUACAUAUUUACCUUGUUAUUCGGCGCAAAAUAAACUUCAAGAAACUGAA